ACCCCCUAAACCCUAAUAACUCCUACACAUAUAUAUAUAUAUAUAUAUAUAGAGAGAGAGAGAGAGAAAAAAAAAGAGAUCAAAUUAAGCACGAUCGACGACCAUACAUAUAUACACAUACAUAUAUAUAGAUAUAGUGAGAGAAAUUAAGGUCGAUAGCGAUGAAGAAGCAGGAGGGGCGGUCGUGCGCGGCGUGCAAGUUCCUGAAGCGGCGGUGCAUCCGCGGCGAGUGCGUGUUCGCCCCUUACUUCGGCGCCGACGAGCCCAACAAGUUCGCCAAAGUCCACAAAGUGUUCGGCGCCAGCAACGUCACCAAGAUCCUCACCGACGUCCCCCACGACCGCCGUCAAGACGCCGUCAACUCCCUUGUCUACGAGGCCGACCUCCGCCUCCACGACCCCGUCUACGGCUGCAUCGGCGCCAUCGCCUCCCUCCACCACACCAUGCUCCACCUCCAGAACGACCUCCUCCUCGCCCAGGCCCGCCUCGCCGCCGCCCGCCCCCCUCCGCCGCCGCCAUUGCCGCUGCCAGAUCCUUCUGACAUUGAUCAUGCAUCCGCGGCCUUCUUCGACAGUAUUGAUCACGAUCAUCGCUUGGGGGAAUUGGACGCCGCCGUAGCGCCGCCGCCGCCGCCGCCGUAUAUGGAUGUGGCCGAGUUCGACCUGGCGUUUGAUCAGUUUAGCCCUCUCCGAUUCCCGUAGGCCUGCUGCUGUGCUGAUCUGUCGUCUCCAUGACCGUUGGAUCUUAAUUAAUUAAGUAAUCGAUGUAUAUUUUCAUUUCAAUUGUGGAUCAGACAGAAUCUUUUGUUAAUUAUCUGAUCUACCUAUCUACCUAUCUAUCUAUCUAUCUAUCUACCUACUUGUGUUUCAAGUUAUCUUUUUUAAGUGGACUUCGAUCGGUUUAAUUAAUUAUAUUAUUACUGUGUCUGCGCGCGCUUUUGUUUUAGUAAACAGUGUAAUAGCA